CACACGUGAACUAAUGGCAAUUUUUUCUUGACCGUUUUCUUGAGAGCUGCAUACAGGGCUUUAGUAUCCAGCUCUUAAGAAAAUGCACAAGAAAAUGUUCGUGUUCUUUCUUCUGCUUGAAAUAGUAGUAGGCCAGUAAUUUUGACGUUUGGUAAUGCACCGUGAAUAGUAAACAAUGGCAGAAGAAGAGCGGUAAAAAGUAAACAAAAGAAACAAUCUUUUGCCUAUGACCAGUUUGAGAUAGUUUUCACUGAUAUCGGAACAUCACUAUAUCUACCGAAGAAAUCUAUUUGUCGGACAGUCGACUUUUAAAAGCAUUAAAAUUGUACCAUUUUUUAUAUCGAAAUAUUUUCGACAUCCCUAUUUUCAAAUUGUUCUGUCUUACCAAUAUAUAAUCACACAUUCUACAAAACUAUUUUUUACCGACUAAGACUUGAAUUAUCAAUACGGCAGUGGUGAAAAGUUCAGAUGGAUUUAUCAAAUAUAUGCCGUGCCUGUUUGUCGCCGGAAGAUCGGGUGCAUCUGCUAGAUUGGUAUCAGCCUGUUGACUCUUUGGAUAUAUCAUUCAAAGAGUGUUUGUAAAUGUACACAAAUUAAUUUAAGUUUGAAAGAUGAUCCAAAUGAACUCGAUGAUGCCCGGAUGCAAUAUCUAUGCCUUGAUUGUGCCCAAAAACAAAGACGUUUAUGAUUUUAUUGAAAAGGCGAGAAGGGCUGAUAAUGAAUUACGUUGCACACAAACGGAAAAAGUGAAGAUAGAAAGUAUAGCCAACACUUUUGAAUGGGUUCCAGUACAUGAAGAGCUAAUGGAAGUAACUAAGAUGCCAGAUACUGUAGAUAUGGAUCACGUAGAGGAUAUAAAAGUAUCACCAGAAUGGAAUGAACAUUUUAUGGAUGAUGAUGAAACAUCCGCUUCAAAUGAUAUCGAACACGAAAUAAAUAUUGAUAAAAAACUUAGUACUGACACUACAACAACAAAGUUUCUAGUUGAAUCGGAUAAGGAUAUGCAGAGCGGCAAUAACUUAAAUGAAGCUGGGCUGGUCUUAUCGAAAAAAAGGAGUUAUGGAAAUACAGAGAUACAAUAAAAGCCCCGCAUAACUCAUAUGUAUGCAUCUUAAAAGUGUACAUACAUAGGUACUUCUACUAUCGCGCAGGCGAAAAAAUUUCAGUUAGUACGAUCAAAUAGAAAAAUA